GACAGACCUCUACGAAGAAGAAGACCAUUUCAAACCUCAAACGUCUUCUUCUACUAUGUCUAUUAUUCAUCACAACGACUGAUCAAAAUAACUGCCUCAAAGAAGCCAUGGAUCCUUGUCCAUUCGUCCGCAUUACCAUCUCCAACUUCGCUCUCAAAUUCCCGAUCAAUUCCAGGUCAAAUCGCAUCCAUGCAUCUCCCUUCCCUUGCUACUGCGAAAUCAAGCUAAAAACCUUCCCUCGCCAAACCGUCACCGUACCUGUCCUCCACACGGAAAACGAAUCCCCGCGCGGAAGUUCACAGUCGCUCGCAGCAACUUUCCAUCUCAACAAGUCAGAUCUAAUCAAACUUAACGGUAAAUCUCUCUUCGGCAGGAAACUCUACCUCAAAAUCGCGGUCUACACCGGCGUCAGGGGAAAUCAUUUCGGAGUUAACUCCGGGAAACUAAUCGGUAAAAUCGCCGUACCUGUUGAUCUAUCAAGCGCGGAGGCUAGGGUUUUAGUUUUCCACGAUGGCUGGAUUUCAAUUGGAGGUGAAGAUAAAGUAGAUUCGUCGCAGUUUCAUGUCAAUGUAACCGCUGAACCCGAUCCGAGAUUUGUGUUUGAGUUUGAAGACGAACCGGAAUGUAGUCCUCAAGUUUUCCAGAUCCAAGGUAGUAUUCGUCAACCGGUAUUCACAAUCAAAUUCACCUUCAGAAACUAUGUCGACAGGAAUCAAAGAUCUAGGUCUCUGCCUCCAGAUUGGAGAAGUUCGCGAAGCUGGUUGAGAUCAUUCAGCAGCCAUAGAGAAAAGACAGGGAAGGAGAGAAAAGGAUGGUUCAUCACAGUUCACGAUCUAUCCGGUUCGCCGGUUGCUGCCGCAUCAAUGGCAACUCCAUUUGUGGCUUCCCCCGGUUCAGAAUGGGUAAGCCGAUCCAACCCUGGCUGCUGGCUAAUCCUCCGCCCUGGAGAAGGCACCUGGAAGCCAUGGGGGCGGCUCGAGGCUUGGAGAGAACGUAGCUCCGGCGACUUCCUCGGUUGCCGGUUCGAGCUUAUUCCGGACAACUCUUCAAACGGCAUUGUCAUCGCUGAGAAUCUAGUAAGUUGUAGCCAAGGAGGGAAAUUCAUCGUCGACCUCGGAUUCCCCGGCGGCGGCGGUGGUGGGCGUUCAACGCCGAGGAGAUCGUUGUCGCCGGGUUGUAGUCCGAGGGGUAAUAAUGGAUUCGGAUCCGGAUCCGGGGCGAGAGGGUUUGUGAUGUCAGCGUGUAUUGAAGGGGAGGGAAAAAAGGGCGGUAAGCCGACUACGGUUGAAGUUAGUGUGCAGCACGUCAACUGCAUGGAAGAUGCAGCGGCAUACGUGGCACUAUCAGCAGCCGUUGAUCUAAGCAUGGAUGCUUGUAUGCUUUUUUCACAAAAGCUUCGUAAAGAAUUAUGCCCCACUCGAGAUCUGAUGCCUUGAUUGUGAAAUGAUUCUGAUUUUUUCUUUUUUACUCUUUUUUUUUUUAAUUUCAAAAUCCCAA